AUGGCGGCUGUUUCCAGUUUGAGUGUGUGCCUUCCGGAGAUCAAAAGAGACCUUCUUUACGCCGUGAAAGAAUGUUCAGAGAGAGGCUUACUGCACAGUGCUAAGUGGUAAGCGUAGGAAAAGGGGAAAGUUAAUACUUUUCUUAUUUUUGUGAGGAUGAAGUAGAGAUCUUGAUGUGAUGGUUUGUGAUAGAGAAUUCGAAGUUCUUCUGACGUGCAACUACAAACAUGUACUGUCAACAGGACGACUUAAACUAAGGCUUAUUUACAUCUCAAAUUAUGAAUCAGAGUAGGGUAAGAUUUCUGCACAGCCCCAUACAUUUAUUAUGUAUGAGGCAAUCUCAUACUAUUUCAAAGAAACAGUUUAUAUGAAUACAGUCGAAAGUAUGCAAAAUGAAUGUACGGGACUGUGCGGAAAUCUCUGCCCUGCGGUUAUGCUGAUUGUCCUUGAAUGCCGUCUAACUCAUGACAUGUCGUUGUAUAUAGAAAGGCAGACUGACUGUUGAGUGUGUUGAUGGAUGAAUUCAAGAAAUAACCACCCCACCCACCCCUUUCCCUCUUUGGUAUGUGGUCAGGAACUGAGAAAUGCUCGGAACGGUUCGCAUAUCCUAUAAUAUUACUCAACAAGUGCUCUGAUCUCUUCUAGAGUUUUUGACUGUCCCCUGAGACCCUCAAUAUGUCUCAGUUCCAGACCUCGCACCAGCUGACAAAAGAAUUUAAAAUGACCAGCAAAGGAAACAAAUUCCAAGCAAUUAGAUAGUUAUUAUAAUCAGAUCAGAUGUUAGAGCCCCCAGUGACUGUACUAGCUUUCCAGAAGUUAUGGCUGUUAACCCUCGCAACUAAUAGUGGCCAAAGAAGAAAACCACAUGAAACUUUUUGGGGGGAAAUCCUGGGAAAUAAAUAGAACUAUGCAGAAGUUCUGGCAAAGAGGUUUCAUUUGAGUGGUAACACCACAGGAUUUCAUCCACACACUCAAAAGUUAGAACUACAUACUAAACAAAUAGUACCAUGUGAAAGUACUGCUGAAAAGGUUUCAUUUGCAUCGUAACACCAUAGGAUUUCAUCCACAGACUCAAAAGUUAGAACAACAUACUAAACAAAUAGUACCAUGUGAAAGUAGUGCUGAAGAGGUUUCAUUUGAAUGGUAACACCAUAGGAUUUCAUCCACAGAAUCAAAAGUUACAACCACAUACUAAACAAAUAGUACCAUGUGAAAGUACUGUUGAAGAGGUUUCAUUUGAAUGGUAACACCAUAGCAUUUUCUCCACACAAAUAAUACUGCCAUAAUGUGGUCUUGGAGUGAAAAGGUUCUAGGCAAUGCCAUUGGGCAGCUCCAAUUUUAUUUUUGGCCAAAACAGCUGUUCAAUGGCUGCUAAUUGCCUUGGGAAUACGACUACCAACACUACAAGUUAGGUCCUGUUUACAUGGAGGUGUGGGAAGACAACACGCUUAGGUGGGGUAACCUGCCUGUCCAUAUAACCUCUCAUAUGGUUACCCACAUAUCAUGUAAACGUGAUCAAAUUUAGAAUAAUAAGAGAUUAUAUGACAGGCGGUUUACCCCACCUAAGUGGGUUACCUCGCCUAUCUCCCAGGGAGGGGUACCCCGGAUUUCAAGUGAAAGGGAUGAUAGAAUGGAGGCAAAAAUGAAAACCCCAAAAAAAAUCCCAGGGCUUCAAACAAAACCCAAGAAAAUCCCUGGACCAAAAUUUAACCCCCAAAAAAUCCCAUGCCGAAUUUCCAAGCCAUAAAAAUUUCCAGAAAGCAUUAAAUGAUAUAAAACAAAAUAGAAACAUUAGUAAUGGAAUGUUUGUGUUUGUUUGUUCAUCACACCUUCUGGAGUAAGAACCUUUUCCUUAUCUGGUGGUCAUUGUAACAACACUCCAGACACCCAAGAACAUCUUAAAACAGUUGCAAAACAAGUUUGGUUUUACUUUAUUCGCGGACCUAUGUGGCUGGGAUGCGCAGGAACUAUCACGAAUCUUCAGAUUGUUUUGAAUACCCAAAUCAAGCUACCAAAAAAAAUACUUGCCAAAAUUUUCCUACCCAUAAAAAUCCCAAAAUUGAAAAUUUCAAACGCAUAAAAAUCCUUCAAUCAUUCCUGUCACUUGAAAUCCAGAGAACCCCCCUGGGGUCCCCCAUCUCAACACAAGCAGGCCCUUAGUGUCAUAUGGAAUAAUCAUUAAUUUUAUGGAUUGCCUCAGUAAGUUUUUGCUGAUGACAUCUUUUUUUGUCACUUAGGUCUUCAGAGAUGGCCUAUUCUAUUCCAUCCUUCACAUCUCCUGUUUAUCUCCCCAAGUCUGAUUAUUCUGAUCAACAGUUUAUAAAAGAUUUUGAUAAGUAUACUCUGGGAAAAGCAUUCUUUGAUCUGAAGGAGUUUGACAGGGCAGCUUUCUUUUUAGAAGGUUGUAUCAGCCAGAAAGCAUAUUUCCUUUACAUGUAUUCACGUUAUUUGGUGAGUAACAACAGUUUUGACAGAAAUAGCAUUUACUGGGUGGCUACUGUUUUGUUUAGGUUAUAUAAUCUUUUUUUUUGUUGUUCAUCUCUUGUAUCAUACAAUGUAUGAAAAAGCAAAUCUUUAAAGAUAGGUUACCUGUUAAUAGCAAAAUACCUUUACACCUCUUUUGACUAUUAAAAUGUGUUUUGUUUUAAAGGCUGGUGAGAAACACAAAAAUGAUGACAUGUUAGAUAUAUUAGGUGGGUAUGGAAAUGUGCUGCUUUUCUUUCUUUGCUUUGUUUUUGUUAAGUGCUACAUAGUUGACCAACGAUCACAGCAGGCUUGUCUGUUGGACAAGCAGCUUAAAAAUCUUCUUUUUGUUGUUUCUUGCCCCGGUCAUUGCUUGCUUAUCCUAGUUGAUAAUUUUUUUAGCCUUUUCUAGCUCUAGGUUGUAGUUUUAGAUUUAAUUUUGAAAUAUUUUUAAACAGUUGCAUUUUUGCUUUUCUAGCCUUUUCUAGCUCUAGGUUUUAGUCUUAGUUUUUGAUGACAUUGGUUGUAAAUUUUGUUUUUCCAGCCUUUUUAAUUUGUAGUUAGAGUCUAUUUGUAAGCCAUUUUUAUUUAGUGAGGCCUUUUUUUUCUCUGGGAAACUCUAUAGGGCAUUAUUUUUAUGGAUAUAGUGCUAUAUAAGUAAAUAUUUACUUAUUAUGUUAUUGUGAAAGGUUUGAACCCAGGAGUCAUUUCAAAAGUAGGUUGAGUUUGAUUGUCUGGGUGAAUAAGUCCUGAAUAGGACUGUUGUUGUUGACAGUAACUGACGUUUCAAUAACCUGUGCGGUAGUCAUCUUCAGAGUCAAAGUGAGAUGUAUCAUGUCAGUUGAUGGUAUUAUACUCUGGUUAUUGAUCUGAUUGGUCAAUUACGUUGCGAUGUUAUUGGUCGUCUGUCAGUUAAGCCAUGAUGUUAUUGGCUAUGAAGACUCGUAAUCAUUAAUUGGUGCGUUUCGAUCCGUCUAUUGUCACAGUUAAACAGUCGUCUAUUGUUAGUCAAAUUGUCAUUCUCUCAUAGUUAGUUUUGCUUGAUCUCGUCAAUAAGUCGCUUUAUUAUUGUAAUUAGAAGAUAUUGACUUGCCCAGAACUUUGCUCAUUGGGCAAGUCAUCUUAAAAAGUUCCUUGUCCAUUAAGAAUAUCUACUCUUCCUUGAUGAACGGAUAGGAAUUUUUCUCAAGCCCUGAAUACAGAAAAACAGUCAUGUUAAAGAAGUUGAUGAAUUUCACACUCCAUGUUCACUCAGAGUUGUGGCAAAAUAUUCAAAUCAGUAGAUUUCAACCAAACACUGUUGAAUCAUGAAUCAUAAAAAUAAUGUUCCUUUGUGUUAUUGCAAGUAUGGCAAGAAAUUAUUUAGUUUCAAUUUUGUAUCUCUUAUUGCUUUACAAGGUCCACAAGAAACUGUGGCAAACAAGGCACUGACUUCUUUGAGAGCAGAACUGUGUGGCAAACACAGAGAGCUUGAUGGGUUUUGCCUUUACUUGUGAGUGACUGUGCAACAUAUAUCUUUUACAUUUUGCUUUUAAUUUUCUCUUACUGUUGUCUAGUUUUUACUUUAUCUGUCACAAUUGACCCACAUGAGUGUGCAAAGAAUAUCUUCCUUUUUAUCUCUUAUUUGUGGAAAAAGAAAAUUGUAUUAUGUUGAAUUCUGUUCUCUUCUGAAUGUGAAUUUCUUAAAGCUCUUCUUCCUUUCUUUACAUAAAAGCUCUAAAACAGCUUAAGAGUAACUGCAGGAUUUGUAUCUCAUAUGUGUCCAUAGGUAUGGCAUUGUCCUGAAGAAGCUUGAUUUAACAGAAGAUUCCCUGAAGGUGAUGCAGGAAGCUGUUAAUAAAGAACCACUUCACUGGGGAGCAUGGCUUGAACUCUCAUCUCUUUGCACUGAAAAAGAAAUUGUAAGGCUUUUUUGGCAAUAUUUGAACACAACAAUCAAUAAUUUCGUGACUUAAAUCUACUAAAUGGUUCCAAGAAGACCAGUUAAUUUUGUUUUGAGACUUUUCCAGUGGGGAUAAAACUGGAAAAUGCAGUCGGGGGUUUGUGACAUGCUAAGUGAGAGACCCUGGCCCUUAUGUCAGAUUUUCCAGGCUACCGCAUUUCAGACGUUCUGUUCUCAACAUGCAAACAGUCAAUGCUCUUGUAAGCAAUCGGCUUGGAAAUCCAUGAAAGUGGUUGCAACUAGAGCUGGUUGUUUAGGAGAGUGGGUUUUUGCAAGUUACCAUUUAGUUAAUUUAGUCUGGACACAGUCACUUGCAGGAGCUUUAAGAAAGCAAUAAUGCUUGGUAUAUUUUGUUCAAUACUAAUAUUUAGCAUUCUAGUUAACCAAUAGAAGGCGUCACCGUAUGCACAAAUUAACUUCAAAAGCUGAAAGAGCUGGAUAAUUUGAGCAAUUUUCACCUCUUUGCAAGCAAUAACAAAGGAAAUAGCAGUCAUCAAAAACUGUGAAAUUGCUGGUUGGCAAAAACGUUCAUGAGCACAUACAUUGUUUGUAAAGUUUUGUGUUUUUCAAAGAUACUUUUUCCGAAACUGUUUGCUAUGCCAGGCUCAGAUUUCUCGGAAAACUGAAAUUGUUGUAAAUGCUCUUUAGUUAUUCAGAGAGCUUAUUGGACAGAGAAUUAAAGGCAUGUGCUAAUGAGACAAAACAUGUAAACAAAGAUUUGCCUAUAUACAUCUUAAAUAGCUUUAUUUUUGUAAAUCAUCACAUUGGAAGCUGAUGAACCAUUAGAGCUACUGACAAUGUCAUUUUUUCUGUAUUUUAUCAGCUUCAAUCUCUGUCUCUCCCCUCUCAUUGGAUGACACAGUUUUUCCAAGCUCAUGUGGCCAUUGAUCUUCAGUCAUAUGAAGAAGGACUGGAAAGAUAUUCAAAUCUCAGCCAAGCUGGAUUUUCAGAGAACAAAUACAUUUUACUCCAGACAGCACUUGCACAGUAUCACGCAAGAGGUGUAGUACUUUCAAUUCAAUACACUGAAUAACAGGGUUUUUCCUAACUCUUGCAUUUCCUUGUCCAAGGCCUGGAAAACUCCUUACAAUUUUUUUUCUACCUGUUCUUUGAAAACUCCAAAUUGUAAAUGGUACAUAAUAGUUGUUUUCCCAGUAAACACUAAGGAGCUUUCAAGACCUUGUUUGAAAGUGGCUGUAAAAUUGGAAUUUGCAAGUGUUUGUUUUUUAGAAGUGCUGAAAAAUGAAGUAACUGCAGAAAAACUUCUCAGAGUAAGGGUUAGAACCAGGACUUGACCCCAGACUCAUAGAGCUGGAAGCCAAGGAUGUUACCGUUGGGGCACACCUGCUUCCUGUGGGAUACAGUGGACGAAUAAGGGCUGCUCUUUUUCCUUGAAAAAAAUUGAAUAAUAAAAUGAGUUUAAAAACGUCAUGUUAGCUACGCAGCUAAGCCUUUUGUGUGAGUUCUAGGCCCUGGAGUUUUCAUAUUGGUUCCUGAAAAACUCGUAAUUACAGUCAAGGGAUCAUAUUAAUUUUGUGUCCAGUAGCACACUGGUAAAUGACAUACAUUUUUUACAUUUUAAAAGAGGGGAAAUCAGCGACCCACACGAGGCUAUAAAAUAACCUCAGUAGAUUGAAGUCAAUUUUUUUACAUAUUGUUCUCUUGUUUAUCGCGUUCGUCAGAACGCACCCUAAUCUGGUGUUCCUGUGGCACAAAGGCAGAAAUUUUCGAGCUAUCACGGGUGACUGCAGAUUAGCCGCCCCCACUGAUUUUAUAAGGCGCAUCACGACCAGGAAACUGGACUCCUUUCGACUCGAUUUCGUUUCCGUAAAUAACGAACGCGGAUCCGUAAUCAAUGAUUACCUGUAGUAACCAAUAGUAAGCUAUGAAUUCGUGGGUGUGAGAGUUAAAGUCUCAAAUUUUGUUUCUCAGUCAAGUCUACCAUUAUUUUCUUAAGAUUUAUAAAUAUUUCAUGAAAACCACGUAUUAAUUUGCUUUUUGUGUAAUGCAGAUUUUGAUGCAGCUUGCGAUUUAUUUAAAGAGGUGCAAAAAAGAGAUCCAUACUCACUGGAACACGUGGACACAUACUCUAACAUUCUCUAUGUGAAGGUUAGAAGUAGUUGAACUGUGCUGGGUCAGAGUAGCCUGAGUAUCAGGCCUUCCUAAGGGGAUAGGGGAGAGGAGAUUUUUUUAUGAUGGGGGAGGGGGGAGGAGAGAAAGUUUCUCUCCUGCAGCUCUCUCCCUUUUUCGCUUCCAUCUUUCCCCUUUUCCCCCAGAAACGCCUGAUACUCAGGCUAGGGUCAGAGCUUUCAAAUUACAUGAGCAGUAAAUGCAGCGCUCGAAAAAAAGUCCCGUCCAUUCGUCUGGGACAAGUAGAUUUUCCUUCUUGGCAAGUAACUUGUAAAUUCACUUACAAUGUUCCAGGCAAGAAAAAUCUGCGAGCUGCUUGCCCAAGGGACAAUCGUUAAUUGAAUUUUUGCUUCAAGCUCUCUGAGUGCAACGCUAAAUAAUUAAAACAAAAUAUCUGCAAACAUAAGUAAAUCUGGAGGGACAAUCACAAUAUAAUGAACUCUUUUAGGAAAUGAAACCGGAGCUGAGCUACUUAGCGCACCAUACCAACAGCAUUGACAAGUAUAGGGAGGAAACAUGUUGCGUAAUAGGUAAGUCACCUGUCAGUUCCCAAACAAAAAUUAAAAUUAUCAACAUCUAGACUGUUUACAUGUUUGUUUUUCUUUGCUUGCCAUUAAGGCGUAGUGGAGUUCAAAGUUGGGAGAACUGCAAAUAACAGUCAGUUAUCAGGGUGCAAAGAAAGUCAGUUUACAGCUUGCCAUUCGGACAAGCUUCAGCUUGCGUGUACUAGCCAAUCAAAAGUCAUUUCAAUUAGCGACAACUUUUUUGGUUCUUCCGACUAAAACAGUCACGUGGGCAGACAUACGUCUUUUUUUCACUUUUUGGCACUUGUUGCCAUUUCUGUAUUCCCCUACUUACCCGAGAAUAAGCCUGCUUUUUGACAGCGAACUAUAAUUCAGCGAAUGUUUUUUUCCAGGAAAUUAUUACAGUCUUCAUGACCAACACGAGAAAGCAGUGACAUAUUUUCAGCGAGCAUUAAAGUUGAAUCCACAGUACACAUCUGCCUGGACACUGAUGGGACAUGAAUUUAUGGAGAGAAAGAACACUUCAGCAGCCAUCGAAGCUUACAGGAAGGCUAUAGGUACGCGAGAUAUUUAAAUGUCAUCGAUCUCUCGUAGGUCUCCGUAAUUCCUGUCCUAUGUAGUUCGUUCUUUGCUUUGUAGUACUUGGUGGGUGGGAGAUUUCAUAACAACCAUAAAGGAAAUUCCCCUUUCUUUUGGAGAGGAAAUAAACUUCGCUUGUGAUACCUCAAUUUGCCGCUAUGUGGUUCUCCAAAAAAAUCCCCCGACCAUUUGAACAAUCUACUAAUAUUAUUUAUACAUCUCCUGGAAAUUUUGGAAAUGACUCGUAUUUUGACCUGCGGAUAAAGAUGUGAAAGUGGAAAUGAUCCUGGCAGUUGAAUAAACAACCUAAGCGAUUGAAAAAGAACCUGAAAAAAAUUCAGGCUUGACCGGGAAUCAAACCUGGCCGUUGCGAUGAUCGGACGCGCUAUCCAUUAAGCUAAUCAAGUCAACUGGAGAGUAGGCCAUUGUGAGUUCGUAAUAUACACGAUGGUGGAAUGACAGGAAUGGAAAUGGUGAAAUGACCCUUUUUUUGAACUGCGGAUAAAGAUAUGGACAUCUCUUGUCCAACACAGACAAGCUGAUAAGGUCUGUUAAAUUUACAGGGGCAACCAACGCAUUGAAAACACUUUUUAAGCUAUCCAGAGUACUUUUAGAUAUCUAGAAAUGCAUUCUAAGCAGCGCUAUAAAAUUUGUAUCUCUUCGGUCAUCCUAGGGCAACUUGAGUCUUUUCGAAAUUACAAGGGGUUCAGUAUUAUUUUCCCGAAAAUUUUAGAUGCAAUUUUAAGUUUUACGAAGGUAAUUUUUUUCCUGAUUCCUUCCUCCAUCGCAUUCUCGAAUCCGAAAAUUGCAGGUUUCCCUUUUUCAACGAAAAAUAGCUUAACCUGGUGAGUGAAAUGCGAAAAAUUAAACUUUAGAAGAUAGUAGGGAAUUAAUUAGAAAAGUUUCGAAAAUUGUACAUGAAUGGAACAGUCUUCUAGACAUUUUUAGCCUUCCUCAAGCUAUAUAAAAUUGCAGACAAUUUUUGCUUCUCCGAACAGAUAUUUUACAGAAAACGGUCGUUGGGUGCCCCUAAAAUUACCCUGCAAGGCAGGUGCAAAAUGGGGAAGGGAGAGGGAGAGGGAGAGAAAACAGAGAAAAGGGAGAUGGGAUCUCUACAGGCUACAGCAGUUUCUUAUUUCGCGCUCAACAUCUUCUCUACAGGCCGCAGCAGUUUCCCCUUUUCGUGCGCAAAGUCUUCUCCACAGGUCGCAACAGUUCGUCCAUUUCGACUUUCCACUUCUCCGCAGUGAUGUAUUUAUUCCCUCCUGUUUUCCUCUCGCCUUUUAUGCCUUUCUCAUUCUUCCUCGUUUCCUCAACCAACGAAGACUCUCUAAAUAAUAUUUCAUCUCACGCAUAAAUUUUUUAUUCUUUUUAUUGCUAGAGGUAAACUGUCGGGACUAUAGAGCAUGGUAUGGAUUGGGGCAGACAUAUGAAAUCCUAAAAAUGCCUUUUUAUUGCUUAUACUACUACAGACAAGCUCACAAAUUCAGGUAUGCGCUCUUGAGUUGACACGCACGAAAAUUCGCUCCCUAUAAAAUUUUUGUAUCGCAAUUUCUUCAUUCCUUGAUAGUGACCCUUCUACGAUUUUUUUCAACGUUUGAUAUGAACAAGUUGGGGAAAAUCCGUCAACACCACUAAAAAAGCGCCUUAAAAUUAGUAAACUUGCCAAAUUUGAAAGUGAUACGUCUUAAGCGAGCGAAGAUGUGGCUCCGUAAAGUUGCGAAAAUUUACAGACGUUGGUAUGGUGCGGGGCAAGUUGGUUGACAAGUUUGUGCCUCCCAUCAUACAAACGUCUGUAAAUUUUCGCGACUUUGAGGAGCUAUUCUUUGUUUUCACUCACGUAGCCAGCAUCUAUGCAAAUUUAUUGGAACAAAAGAAAGCGUUUACUUAAGAAAAGAGUUCAACUCCCACAGGACUGGUUUGGGACACAAACAUGGCCGCCGUGUCAAAAUAUGGCUGCUAUGACGUCAUGUGAAAACACACAAUAGCCUGCGAACCGCAGACGUAUUUCCGGUCGUCGCUUCUCUCCCUGCGAAAAGUUUUCGGCGGGUGAAACUAGGGCCGAAAAAACCGGAUGCUCUCGCGGGCUAGAGGAGCUAUUUCUUCGUUAGUUUUCAACAAAUUACUUUCAAACUUGGCAAUUUUACUCAUUUUAAGGCGCUCUUUUCAGUGGUGUUGACGGAUUUUCCAGAACUUGUCCAUGUCAAAAGUUGAGAACAACCGUGGAAGGGUCUAGGAUAGCCUAUUCUAGACCAGAAAGUUAAAAGACUAACGUCAGAAUCAGUCCCUGAUUCAACUUGUGUUCCUUUGAUAUUCACGGCAAAGUUGCGCUCAAACUAUGGCGUCCACAGCUGCGCAUACAAAUUUAAUUUAUAUUGAUGUGCACUUUACAGACCCAAUGACUCACGAAUGCUGGUUGCCCUUGGAGAAAGUUACGAAAAGCUAGAAAGAAUGCAGCAAGCCAAAAAAGUGAGUAGUGCACAGCUAGCGCGUCUGUGAUUUUGAAAAUCAAGUCGGAAUUUACAUUAAUAGUUUCAUAACUUUGAGUGAUUAGCUUAAAACGUUCUUAUAUUUCGUUCGAAUUUCUCGACCUUCAUUGGCGAUUUCAUUUCAUCAAAUUGACAGUUGAGAUCAUGUGACUUCGUGGAGAAUCAUUAUUGGCUGGAACUUCAAACCCCUUGUCCCGACUCAGUGAAGGUUUUUCCCUGUUUUAUGGCGGUUGCCGCCGUCACGCGACUUUUUAAUAGUGACACAAUCUUCAGUGUUGUAAAAACCUUAUUCUGUGUGGAUUGAAGUUGUGUCCGAUAUUUUUGUUUCAAAAUGGCAAAGAUUUCCCGGACUGGUGAUCUUUAGCUUGGACACCGCAUGUCCUUGCAGUCUGGCCAAUUUAAUUGUGUUUACAAUGUUCACAAGGAAUCAGUAUCAGUAGUAUCUACAGCCAAGUCAGAAUUCUUGUGGCUAAUCGUUGGCAGAACAAUAGAAUUCCAGCGCCGAAAGUUCACCUGUGACAGUUUUAAAAGGCGCGAAAUUAGGGCGCCAAUCAAAAAGCGUGGCGAUACAAAACUAGAUUGGCAAAGUGAUUGCGAAGUAACUUUCCUUAUUUGACUAAAACAGUGAGACCUCGUUAUAAAUAGUUUUUUUGUGUGUUCAGAAUUUUCACUGUGACCCUUUAAAGUUAGAAAAAAACUUUUUAGGAUAUAUUUUCUGUUCAUUAUUGUGAAUCCCAUUUCAGUGCUAUUUUAGAGCGAUGUCAGUCGGCGAUUUGGAGGGAAUGGCUGUGAUAAAAUUAGCAAGGUAAGGAAAAUAGGAACGUGGGAUGAUUUAUUUUACUUCUUUAUUCCUUCGAUUGUGUAGUCCGAGGUCCUUUUUAAGACUCUUCAGUUUGAGUUCUUGAUUUCUCUAAUUUUUCGGUUGUUUUCCUGUUGUUAGACUGCAUGAAAAACUCCAAGAAGACGAUGAUGCAGCCGUCCAUUACAACCGCUAUGUAGAACAGACAGAAAUUGUUGGGGUAAGAAAAUAUUUUUUCCUUAAAUCUUCACAGUUUGCAGUUCUAAUCAACACGCGCGUUCCAUCUCGCUUAUUUUACGGCUUAGUGAAUCCCUAGCGUACCCACUGCCCCCAGCCGGCGCCACAGGCGAAACUGGACUCUGGUUAAGUCCGUAUGACGUUAUUAAGGCCCAGAUUAAACUUCGAUCUUUUCAUGUACCGAACCUAAUCCUUUCAAUUAAGUACAUGAAAAGAUUGACGUUUGAAUCAAUUAAGUUCGACGUAUCUAAUUUGUGUCGACCCAUGAAUAGGCCACUUCCGAGUUCCAAACACCCUCACUUUCAAAAUGAGGCCAAGUGCACAACCUUUCUUUUGAAAAUGAGUUUUAUUGCAUAAGAAUGAAAAAUUAUUUCCAUAUCAAAGGCUGAGCACCUACCCUCAUUUUGAAACAGAGGCCCGGGGGAACUCGGAAAUGGCCUAUUAAGACCAAGUGACCCAUAUGGGAAUUGAGCGACUUCGUUUCAAACGUCGAACUUCUCAUGAGCCGAACCUAAUGCAUAAAUUACUAAAAUAUAGUUUCACUUGUAAGCAUUGUAGACCAUUGAAUAUCGUGAAAAUGAAUUGGGUCCGACUAAUUAACUUCGACGUCUGAGUCAACCGUCGAACUUAUAUCGUUUAGGUCGACCUAAAUAUGUAUAAAGUUCCGUACAUGAAAAGAUCGACUGGUUUGAACUGGGCCAAACUGGGGUUUAAACUACGUCUGCGAGACAGGCUAUAUGCCCCCGACGGGUAUUUGUCAGGCUCUGAGAUCCCGCGGUGUGGUACAUUUUAUGUGGGGUCUGCUGGAUCAACCGAGGUUUCUGGGUAACUGACCAUCUACCCCUCCCCUAAGUCAACAUUAACACUUACUUCUCACUUUACGCUUAAUGUUGACUUAGGGGAGGGGUAGGUGGCCAGUUACCCAGAAAUCUCAAUUGAUCUGGGCCCAGGGGAGGGUUUUUUUAAGUUUCCGAAGCCAAAAUAGGAAAGUAAUGACUAAUCGAUUGUGGAGUGAUGGCUACGGAAACCUUUGGAAAAAUUUGCAAUGAAUUUCAAGGUAUUAAAAUUGUCGCCGACUGUGAAGAUUACCCCGAGAAGUUUCAUCUUAUUGAAAGUGUCACAUUUUUAUACGACACAGUUUAUUGUAAUCCCUGUGGUAGGAUAUUUGUACGACUCUUCUGGCCCCAAUAUCUGCUGGUAUUCACAGCUUCCCAAAAAAUUGCAAUUGUCUACGUAGGAAGAUGAGCAAACUUAGAAUUCAGAUGACAGCAUGUUGUUGUUUGUUUAGCAGGUUAUGUCCGUGGCUGAACUCUGUUCUGCUUAUCUUUUCCUGUCGAGAUAUAACCUGAAGAAAAGAAAUCUUGAAGCUGCCGAAAUGUACGCUCACAAAUGCUGUGAAUUUAACGAAGUAAGUCGUUUACAUUCAUUUAUUUAGAUCUUCAAUUUGCUGACCUGAUCGCACACGUCGUAGACUACUAGUACUGAGUCCCCCACUCCCCAGGGAUAGUAGAGCGCAUGAAAUAGGCGAACUCGCGUGAAAAUUGUCGCGCGCGAAGAGAAGAAGGACGCGAGAAAGGAGAGAAAAUUUUCUCCCCUCCCUUCUCCGCGUCUCGCGUAUGCCCGCUAGCUGUAAUAUUCACGCGCGCUCGUGUAUUUCGUGCUUCCUACUAUCCCUGAGCUUGUAUUUCGUUUUCAGUUUACAUGAUACCCAUAAUGAAAUUUUGUACCAGAACGAAAAUUUCAUUCGGUAUGAAAACCGGAAUGACUGACUUGUGCUGGACCCAAAUUUCGCCUCAGUAUCAUUUGAACAGAUGCAAUGAAAUGUAUGGAGAUGGAAUGAACUCGUUCCGGAAUGAAAUUCGUCCCGAUAUUAUGUAAACAGCUCCGAAGGAAUGUUACGAUAUAGUACUCGAGUCCUAAUUAUUCCCGCAAUGUUUAUUUCCAGGGUAGAGAAGAGGGAAAAGGCCUCCUCCGGCAGAUUUCUAACAGCAGAUCCAGUGGCGGCGACGGUGACAGGGAGAGCUGUGAUGCUUUUACACAAGAGUUAUCCCUUGUAGGAAAUAUCACCGCUGAUCAUGAAUUAGCGCCUACAAAUCUGGACUUCAAUACGCCUUGAUUCUCCCGUGCGAACUACAGUCGCUUUGCUUGUAUCGCCCCUUGUAAGGGAGUCCAAGACAGUCUCGGAAUCUGUAUUCCACGCCCUGCAUUCCGGAUUCCAGGUACUAUUACCUGGUACCAUUACAUUGUCACUGGAACUUGGAAUCUGGAUUCCAACUGUUAGUGGGAUGCCGGAUUCCACAAGCAAAAGUUCCCGGAUUUGGCAAUCCUGAUUUCCUUACAUGGGGUGACUUGUAAUUGCCUUUACUUGUAGCAAAUUCGCGCGAGGUUAGGAAUUUUUCCGCAAAAGGACGUCGCUCAUUCCUCCUCAUUCAAAUGCAGCUGAAGUUGGCCUUACAAUUGUUCAUACUGGAAACGACAGUACUUGAUGCUACAAUGCCCACAAGACAGCCGAGCUUAUACAACUAGAUCCUUGCAAUACUUUGUGAGAAAAUGCGCUGUAUAGAUGGCAUGGAUUUGUGUCUCCAAAAAAACACUGGCGCAUAGGAUUCCCGAAAGAAAAAUCUUCUAUGAACCUGCAUGGGAGAACUCUUAGAAAAGGCGUGUGUAUGAAACUGAAUGGAAGAACCCAAACACGUGCUGAGGAAUUCAGAUGAUUCAAAUUACUUCACUGAGAUAUCGCGAAUUUUCGUUAUUACCAACCUCUCUGUAUUUUAUACCUUUAUAGCGCGGAUAAAAUUUCUUCAGUCUGUGGAUAGUACUUGUGAAUCCCUUUCUUCAGUGUUUCUUGUCAAUAACAAGAAAACUAUAUGCAAAGAAGACCGUCGUUGCGAAAGGCGUC